AUGCCCAAGUAUAUAAAUUUUAAGUGUUUAUUUUUUCUUUUAUUAUUUUUAUCAUUAAUUGAAUGUGGCAUACCAGGAUUACAUAAAUGGCUAAUUAACAACUUUCCUAGUUGUGUAAAAAUUGUUCAUAAAAAUAAUUUACUUGAUAUAAAUAAUUUAAAAAAAAAUUUGAAAAUAAAUACUAUUAAAAAAAAAGAAAAUAUAUUUGAAGUAGAUAAUUUAUUAUUUGAUUUAAAUCAGCUCCUUCAUAAAGCUAAUGUGAAAUUUACUAAUUUUGAUAAUUAUUUUUUUAAACUAACUAUCUUAAUAAAGAAUGUAUUAAAAAAGUUUCCUCCUAAUAAGAAUGUUAUUUUUGCUAUUGAUGGAAUUUGCCCGUUUUCAAAGUUAAAAUUACAAAUAAAAAGAAGAGCAAAAGUGAAAUCACAAGAAAAUGAAAAUGUAUACCUUUGUGAAAACGAUAAAUAUAUAAAUGAUAUAACAUGUGGUAGUACUUUUAUAAAUAAAAUUUCUUGUUUUCUUGUGAAUUUUGUAAAAUAUUUAUCAUCACUUCAAAAAUAUGAAAAUGUAAAAUUUUUCAUUUCAACUGAUAAGGAAAUAGGAGAGGGAGAACUUAAACUUAUGAAUUGGAUAAAUAAUUAUGUUUAUAUUAAAAAAAAAGAAGAAGAAAAAAAGAAUAAUGAAAAUAAUGAUUUAAGUAAAAUACAAAGAGAAAAUAAUAUUUUUGAUAAAAAUAAUAAAAAAAAUUAUAAAAAUGUUGAAGAGGAAUCAUUUGUUAUAGUUGGUGCAGAUGCAGAUUUGUUACUUCAGUGUUUAGCUUUAAAAAAUAUUCAUAAUAUAUUUAUAUAUACAUAUCAGACAUUUAAUAUAAAUAUAUGUGAUAAUAAAAAUAAGAAGGAAAAUCAUCUAAUAGAAUAUGAAAAAAAAAAUUUUAUGAAGGAUAAUAAAGAUGGAUUAAUAGACAAUUUAAAAAAAAAAAAUAAAAAAAUGAAGGUUUUAUAUAAUUUAAAUACUUUCAUUAAUUUAUUUUUAAAUAAAUAUCCUCAAUCUUUUGAAUUUAUAAAAAGAGAUUUGUUAAUUUUGUUCAUAUUAAAAGGAAAUGAUUAUCUACCAAAAAUUAAAGAAGGAAAUUUUAGCAUUUUUUUUGAAGCUUAUUUUAGAAUGCUAGAAAAAAUAAAAAAAAUACAAAAUGAAGAAACAUAUAGUGGUUUCUUAAAUACAAAAUGUAUGUUAAAUAAGAAUAACUUUUUAAAAUUUUUAAAUGAAGUAGAAAAAAUAAUAAACUUUUCUAAUUUUUUUUUAAAUUAUAAUAAUGAAGAUGCUGGUAAUAAUAACACAAAUAAAUAUAUGAAAAAUAUUAAAGAAAAUAAUUAUCUUCCACUAUCUUUCUUAAAUGAAUUAAUAAGCAAACAUAUAAUUAAAAAAGAUGAUAUAAAGAUAGAAAUUAUUAAUGAAAAAGAUUUAUAUAAAUGUACUAUAAUAUAUUUUAAAAAUAAUGAAAAGUAUUACUAUUCAGCUACUUCAAAAAAAAAAAAAAAGUCUAUGCACAUAGCAGCUUAUAAUUUCUUAAAAGAUAAUUUUUCUUCAUAUAUAGAGUUUAUUAAUCUAAAGCCUUUUGAUAGUAACGAAAAAGAAACAAAUAACAUAAACAAUAUAAAUUAUAAAAAUUCAAUCAAAAAUAAUAAUUCCUAUUUAGAGGAGGAAAGAGAGAAUUUAUAUGAAAAGAUAAGGGAAAAUAAAAUAAAUGACAAGAUUGAAAACAACAAAACAAAUAAUGAAACACAAAUCAAAGAAAUAUAUCAUAAUAGUAAUAAUAAAAUAAAUAAAACGAAAUUUAAUAAAUCUAACGAAAAAUGUAAUCUCCUUUUUAAUAAAAAUCAUGAAAAUGAAGAUAUGAGAUUAAAAUUAUAUCUGACAAAAAUUUAUGAGGAAAAAUAUAAAAAUAAAAUAAAUUAUGAAGAAGAAAAAAAAAUCGUUGAGAAUUAUAUACAAGGCAUACAUUGGGUAAUAGAUAUGUAUACCAAAACAUAUUGCAUAAAUUUUAAUUUUUUUUAUAAAUACUUAUUCAGUCCUUCAUUAUUAAGUUUAUAUUAUCAUUUAUCAAGAGUUGACAAAUUAGCAGAUUAUAAUAGUGACUACAGAAACGCUAUGAAAAAUAUGAAUUUAAAUAUUUUUAAAAAUAACUACGAAUAUUACAAUUUCAUUAAUUUUUGUAUAAACAAAUAUAAUAAAUUAAAACUAAAUGCUCUUAAAAAUGUACUAUGUGAUGAAGAAAAGGAGAAAAACAAGAAAGAUUCUUUAAUAAUAACAAAUAGAAAUCAAAUUAAAUUUUUUGAAAACAUUUAUGAUAUUUUAUUUGCAAAAGAUAUAAAUAUAGUAAAAGAUAGUAUUAAAAAAUUAAACACAAUUUUAAAAAGUAUUUCUAUUAGCAAAAAAGUUACUAAUUACUAUUGGAAUAUCUACGCACAGAAAUUAAAAAAGUUUUAUAAAAUAAUAUUUUAUAAAGGUACGAAAAUAUAUAUUUCAAAAUUUUCUUUAUUUAAAGUAGGAUUAGGAAUUCGUAAAAAUAAUAAUUAUACUUACAUGCAAAAAUUUACUAAAAAUGAUAUUUACAAUAUGAAUAAGGAAAAGCUGGAUAGUGAAAUAGAUAAUUUUGAUAACAGCUUAAAUAAUUUUAAAAAAGGUAGAAUUUUUUGUAGAAAUUCAUUAUAUCACUCCAAUAAAAGAAAGAUAGAAAAAAAAAUAAUAAAAAGAAAAUACAUAAAAGUAGUUUACCGUUAA